AUGAUUCAUAAUAAACUAUGGACAGAUCAUAUCAUGUCAAGUGAAACUCCAAAAACAGCCAAGGAGCCAUUUGUACCCAAAUACGAAAUAGCAGCUGGUCUACACAAAGGUCGUAAAGUUGAAAAGUUUGUUUCCAAACAUGUUCGACCGACCCGCCGCGUUCAAAAAAAAAGUAAACGUGUCAAAUUCGUUCGAGAUCUUGUUCGUGAACUCGUUGGUUUCAUGCCAUAUGAACGUCGUGCGAUGGAAUUGAUGAAAGUUGGACGGGAUAAACGUGCAUUCAAAUAUGUUAAAGCACGUUUAGGAAGUCAUCAACGCGCCAAGAAGAAACGUGAUGAACUUCAAGCUGCCAUCCUUGCCCAACGCAAAGCUCACAAAUAA